AUGCCUUCCAUGACAAAAAAGCAAAAAAUGAUAAAUUUUUCUAAAAUCAAAUAUCAUGAAAUCCUCAUUGAUCAAUUUAGCGCCCUUUACUUGAUUGACGUAGAUUACACUUUGUUUAAACCAAAGCUUGCCCUAUUGAACAACUCUUAUAAAAAAAUUCAUUCUUGUAAAGAAAGAUUCGAUUCUCGUCCCUUGGUCGAGCAUCUCAUGCUACAAUUGGUUAACGCUUCAUUUGAUCAAAUUGACAAGAAACAUUUGGAAUAUUUUCAAAAACAAUGGGAACAUGCUGGCAAUGGUGAAAAGUUCAUGAUUUUGGUUUCCGACUUGUUUUUAAGGUCUCAACAUCUGUGCCGCUCUACUUUUACCUGGCUUAAAGAUUAUGUACUUGGGAAGUUCGUUACCAAGGUCUCUAUACUGUUUCUCAAAAUUGGGGAUUGGUUUUCAAAACCAAUUUUUAAAUCUAAACAUGAUGAUAAUAUUGAAGAAAAAAUUCAUUUUAUUGAAGAGGACGAUACAAUUUUUGAGGAACAUCCUUGUUCAACUCAAGAUAUCUUUUCGGAACUUAUGACCGAUAUCGAAUAUGCUUUACAAGAAGUGAAAUUCGAAUUCUUUUACACUUUAAAAUAUCAUGAAUUAUUCAUUGACCAACUGACUUUACUUCAGUUGAUGGACUCUAAUCAUUCUGGUGAUUUUGACGAUCUCUCUGAUUUAAGGUCUGAUGUUGAAGAUGGUUAUAAAACUUUUAUAGAUGCUCUUCAAUCACUACAACCACAAUUGUGUACGGAAACCAGAAUUAUCAGUCGAGACGAAUGUGCAAAAACUGAAGGAUUUUACGGUUUCACAUCAGUGGAUUGGUUUUUACUGGUUCUUAUUAAAGAAACUGGUCAAUGUAUUGACAGAUAUCUUGAUGAUAUAUUAAUGACUCAAGAAGAAGAAUUACAUUGGGUGGAAUUUAGAAGAUUGUUUCAAUUGAUAAUUGGUUUAUUCCAUUCACUUACCGGUAAUUAA